AUGAGUAAGAGAAAGGCACUCAGAAAGAAGGAGGAACUACUGAAAAAAAGAAAGAAGCAGGAUGAGACAUCCUUGAGUUCGGGUGUGUUCAGGUCGCUGGAUGGAGCUUCUGAUGAGGAACAGAACUGGUCUGAUGAAGAACAAGACUAUGAGAUGAAGCCAAGAUCUAUAUAUAACACGGAGCAGAUGGUGGAAGGAUUGCCAAUCAAGUCACAAGAUGGUAAUAUAACGAGAGUGCUGAGAAAGCAGCCGAGCCCCAAGAAGAAGGAAGAACCUGUUGAAUCGUCUGAGGAAGAACCAGAAGAACAAGAGGAAGAUGAAGAAAAUACCGAUUCAGACGAAGAUGACGGUCGAACUCCUCAAGAGAAGCUGAGAGAGUUGAAGGAGGAAGUUGCCAACCUCUCAGAGGAACUCAUAAAUGAUCCCGAAGAGAAUAUCAAUAUGCUGUCAAGAUUGAGGAGAAUGGCAGAAUCCAAGAACCCAAAUACUAGCAAACUUUCUUUGCUAUCUCUGGUCUUGGUGUUUAGAUCUAUUGCACCAAGUUACAAGAUCAGACCAUUGACAGAUGCUGAGAAGAAAGAAAAAGUUUCUAGGGAAGUCAAGAAGCAGAGAGAGUUCGAGCAGAUCAUGGUUGCGAAUUACAAAUCGUAUCUGCAGCUGUUAGGCUCAAAAGCCAGAAAUGUGAGAGGCUCACAAGGAGCCAAUGAAAGUGAUAUCGAACUAGGAAAUCUGGCAGUGAAAGCUGCCUGUGAACUCACUAGUUCCAUGAAGUACUUCAAUUUCAGAGAAGAGUUGUUUGACAUAUUGGUGAGAAGAGCAGUGAAAAAACCAACUGACAAAAGCUCGCAAGACUACAAAAGUUACGAGAGGUCGGUUAUUACCUUACAACAGCUUUUGCUUGAUGAUGCUGAGAGGGGAGAUAUUUCUUUUGACAUUGUGAGAUCUCUUUGCCAUGCCAUCAAGGGCCGCAAACACCGUGUGGACGAGAGUUGUCUUAACAUUUUUCAGUCGUUGACUGUUCUAACGGACUACAAUCCCAACAACGUUGAGAGUGAAGAUACUCCUCGUUUGAAGAAGAAAGAUAGAGUGCAUUUCUCCAAGAAGGAGAGGAAGGCCAGAAAAGAAAGAAAGAAGAUCGAUGCUGAGAUUCAAUCGGCCGAACAUGCUCUUACUGUGGAGCAAAGACAGAAUUUCCAGGCUCAGAUUUUGCAGAUGCUGCUGGCCCUCUACCUGGAAAUCUUAAGAUCUGGUACGAAGCCUUUAAUGGCUGCAGUAUUGGAAGGUCUCUCCAUGUACACCCACAUGGUGAACAUGGAUCUUUUGGGAGACUUCCUGACUGUGCUUUGGGAAUUCACCACGAAACCAGGAGACCUGGAAGAAGAAGACAGUUUCCAAAUUCAAGUGCGCGAGUCUCUUCUGGCAAUUGUCACAGCAUUCGCGCUGGUGGACGGACAGCCAAAAAACCAGAUGGAUCUGUCCAAGUUCGUGGACAACUUAUAUUUUAUCCUGGCUCCUAUGGCAUAUGAGUUUAACAUCGAGGGAAGAACUACAAGACUGAUCGAAGAUCAGAGAGACAAAGGAUCUCUUUUGGCUGCAACUUCCGUCAAUUUCUCGACCAUGAUAGAGCUGUGUCUUCGUGCUUUGGAGAUGAUAUUCUUCAAGUCCAAGUCCAGUUCGGUUUUACGGGCCCAUGCCUUCACCAAGAGACUCUACCUAUCCCUGCUCAACUUGCCUGAAAAGUCCUCCAUUGCAAUUUUGAAAUUCUUAGGAAAGCUGAUGUCAAGAUACUCCGAAGUCUCAGGUCUUUUCUCCACAGAAGACCGUAUAAACGAUGGUGUAUACCACGUCGAAGCCACAGAGCCUGCCAGAGCCAACCCAGGAGCUGCCGUUCUAUGGGAGACCGUCUUACUGGAAAAGCAUUACUGUCCACAGGUCGCACAAACAGCAAAAUCAUUGAGUAACAAGGCCAAACAAUCCUUGUAA